GGGCUUCACACCCUCUCACGAGCAGACCCGCGGGUGCUGGACUUGACGCUGUACGUCUUUGUAAUAAACCUUUUAUAUGGAAUCGAGAAGGUGUCAGUGGAGCCUCCUUCAACCUCUUCACAUCAUCAACACCAUGUAGUAAACUACAAUGAUGUUUUAUUUUAUAAGUCCGGUUGGUGAAGCCUGUGAAGGUUGGUACGACGUCUUUAGUACUGCAGCCUGCGAGGGACCAGCAUUUGCAGACACUCGGCCUUCAGCCCUCCACCUGACGGAACGCGGGGGCUCUGGCCUCUGACUGUUGGUGAUGAAAAGCGACAGACACGCAGGGCUGUUCCAGGAUUCGUGCUCAGCUGUGGCAUCAGCAGCUGCUCGGUCCUCCUCCCGGCUGCGGCUCGUCAUCAGGUUGGACACAACACCACCGGGAAACCAGCGCUUCCGCCGUCGAAAUAAGAGCACGACGUGCGGUCUGGAAGGAAAACAGGCCGCGUUGGCCACUUUCCUGCUACAUGCUCAGACUAAACUACAUAUCGACACUGUAACGCCAGCUCCACUAUUUUUGGAAGUUUGCAUUCAAGAAAUCAAUGUACAGCACCAUCUAUCAUGAAACCGUACGUGUUGUGUGCUGACAGAUGUCAAUCAAUUUAUAUAAUAUAUCGUUUAUAUAUAAAACUAUAUAUAAUAUUUAUAGUGAGUUAUAGUGAUAACGUGGGAUGGCUUUAUCUUCAUAGAGAAAAGCAAAAUUUCCACAACAUCAAACCGAUGUUUUACAGGCCCCCUAAUUGUUUGGAAUGACCUGGUAACACGUUCCUUUGUUUAGCAUUUUAAAGCAGUUCAUGAACAGCUACUAACUGGUUUGUGACAAACUGUAAUGUAGUUAUAAGCAGAUCCCAGUGUUUUUACUGACGCCUCCGUCACCGGCUCCAACUCCACCCGUGGACACGCGUCAGCGGAGGCUGCUGGAGGAACAGACGGCGAACGACAACGCAGUGAAACACGGGAUGGAGUAACAGAAAAUAGGUUUUCAUAGGACAAAUCAUGUACAUUAAUAGACGCUUAACGCGGCAUACAAUACACUACAGUGUCUUAUAAACCACUUAACACACUUAAAGUUUAGUGUUUCCAAGGAAUGAAUGUGAAAGUGUAAACUCAUAGAAAGAUCCAUGAAAAAACUAGUGUGUGUUACAGGGGAAAUGGAGACAGUAUUCAGCUGGUAAACUUCCAGAUAAUUACAUCCCAUCAAUUCAUAGCAUAAACAACACGCUAAACAUGCAAAACAACAAAUACAUUCAAUUUUUCCACAAGUAAACACAUAAAUUCCAUAUAAAUAUAUAUGGAGAAUAAAUCGACAACUUCUCAUAGACUGAACAAAACGACUGAAAAUCAAAAGGGAGUCUCUGAUUAACAGUUCUCUGCUAAAUAAAACCAGGUCACGUCAUAUUUUGAGGAAACCUCUCUGGGAAUUAAAAGGAAAAUAAGAGCAUGUUUCGACUCCAUCUCUGAUCAUGGCGGCAAAUGCGCACAGGAGGCUUUUAUUUUGAAAACAGGAACCGUGCUGCGUAACUGUGUUGCGCUUGACGGCAGCUCCAGCAUAAAGCGAGAUCAGCUGAUGGGAACUGACUCACCACUUCCCGGACAACAUCUCAGCUCAUCGAGCCGAAAAAACUACUCAGUAAACUGGAUUUGAUUCCUCUGACUUCAAUAGAAUCCGGUUCUCCUGAGGAGGGUCAAUCCGGACCAGACACUCAUCUCCAUGUGUGAAUCCAUGGCGGCCGUUUGAGGUCUCCUCCCCCGCUGCCUGACUCAGAAGUGACGGAGGAGGUGCAGAGAAACCAGAUUAAAGAUGUCUCUCGGAGGUAGAGUUUCCUCCUCCGUCCUCCGGUCUCCUGGGAGGGAAACGGUGGCUUUGCAGGCCAACCCGGCCGACAUCCCCGUCCUGGAGAUCAAACUGGGAGCGCUGGUGGUCCUGCUGUCCGUCACGCUGCUGUUUGGAUUCGCCCCUCUCUGCAUCGUCCGGGGGGCGGGGCGCUGCAGCAUGGACCCAGAUAUGCGGCGCAGGCUGCUGAGUUUGAUCAGCUGUUUCGCCGGAGGAGUUUUCUUGGCCACCUGCCUGUUGGACCUGCUGCCGGACUACCUGCAGGGCAUCAACGAGGCCUUCAGCAACGCAGGAAUCACACUCCAGUUCCCUCUGCCUGAGUUCAUCGUGGCCAUGGGCUUCUUCUUGGUCCUGGUCCUGGAGCAGGUUGUCCUGGCCUUCAAGGACCAAUCAUCCGUAUACUUAGAGGAGCGUCGGUCUCUGUUGGUGGACUCCAGCAUCCAGACAAACGACAGGAACAGUUACCACCACUCCCAUCACCAGCGUCACGGACCAGAGGAGGCUGAAGGCGGGCACUUCCACGUGGACUUCGGCUCUCAGUCCGCCCUGCGAGCCUUCAUCCUGGUCUUCUCUCUGUCUCUGCACUCUGUGUUUGAGGGUCUGGCGGUGGGGCUGCAGGAGGAGGGGAAGGAGGUGCUGGAGAUCUGCCUGGCGCUGAUGAUCCACAAGAGCAUCAUCUCCUUCAGCCUGGCCUUCAAGCUGUCCCAGAGCCGGCUGCGGCGGUCUGUGGUUGCCGGCUGCCUGCUGCUGUUCACCAUCAUGUCCCCGCUGGGCAUCGGCCUGGGUAUCGGCCUCACCGAGACCAAGGCGCUCCCGCAGCACCAGCUGGCCCGCUGCACGCUGGAAGGGCUGGCGGCGGGAACCUUCAUCUACAUCACCUUCAUGGAGAUCCUGCCGCACGAGCUCAGCUCCCCCAGGCACCGCAUGCCCAAGGUGGCCAUGCUGCUGGUGGGCUUCGCCCUGGUCACCGCCGUGCUCUUCAUCAAACUGUAACCAUGGCGACGCACGUACACAAGCCUGACAACGAGCUUGUCCGUCUGACGCCAUGCACCAGAGUGUUCUCGGACAAGGCAACAAACCUCUGCCUGCUCAUCCAUCACGGUCCGCUAAAAGCUCCAAGUCUGUGUUUCAGAAGAUCCCAGACCUGAACACAGGUUGGGAUAAGGAAACCAGUAAAACCAGUCCCCCUAACAUUUUGGAAAAUAAUUCAGAUGUUCCAUAAAUAGAUAUCGUUUCUACUCUCUGUGCUUUUUAAGCCUCAGUCAUGUACAAAGCUGGAAUACCAAAGGGAAAAACAGGCAAUGGCCCCAGAGGCCUCAGGGGCUCCAGGGGCCUCAGGGGCUCCAGGAGCUCCAGGGACCCCAGGGCCCCGGGGGCCCCAGAAGCCCCCAGUUUACUCCACAUCAUUUGGGUCGACAUACUUUAAUUGAUCACAGAUCUGAAGUAAAACAUCAGCUAUAACAGGUCCUCCAUCCUGCAGCUUGUGGUCCCGGUCUUGAAGAGGGACUGUGAACCGCUUCUUGUAAAGUGUUUUAUCAAAUUGCUUCAUUUUUUUUCCUGUUUGACAAGUAAUGGAACAGACAGGAAACCUCGAGCAAGGUCGUACGAGUCCGUCAUAAAAGAACUGUACGGCUGCAACCAGCAAUUAUUUUCAUCAU